GCAUAACAAAAGACAUAUCAAAAAGGCAUAACAAAAGACAUAACAUAACAAAAACAACAAACAAAUAAACAGAUAAGUAAGUGAACAACACAUCUCGCAUACCCGACCUAUUCCUUACAGGCGGAGGCUGGACUCGAACGCUGUAUACUUAUUUUUUCUCUUAAUCGAUCUCCUCCAAAAACAACAACAAAAAUACAAAUAAACAAUAAAUGAAUGAAUAUAUUAACAGCUUAUCGAUUUCCCGACCUUCUCCCCGCAGACGGCUGCCCGACUCGAGCUCCGCCUGCACCGACAGCUCGGGCGUGAGCAUCUUCGUCGCCACCAGGAACCUCGACUACGAGACGGUCGAGUCGUACAACCUCCUCCUCCAGGUUGUGAACGACCAGAACGCCCGCGUGGACAAGCAGCUCCUCGUGGAUAUCGUGGACGUGAACGACAACGCGCCGCUCCUCCAGCUCUUCGACGGGUCGUUGGUGGAGAACGCGGAGAGAGCUCUCAUCACCACUAUCAAGGCCGUUGAUAAGGACACGUCGCCGCAGUUCAGGCAGCUGAUUUACAAAUUCGACGCGACGGCCACUGAGGACGUGCGGGACAAGUUCGAGCUGAAGCCCAACGGCGAGCUGUGGACGACGAAGCCGCUCGACCGGGAGGAGGUCAAGCAGUACCGCGUGCCGAUCCAGGUCACCGACGGCGUUCCCGAGCACGAGCGCAUGACGACCUACUGGAUCACGGUGCAGGACCUGAACGACGUGGCGCCGGCGUUCGCUCCGUCGGGCGUGUUCGAGGUGGAGCUUCCGGAGAACAGGGAACUCGGGAAGCCCACGGGCAUCAGGCUGCCCGUCCACGACCCCGAUAUAGUGAACAACAUUACGUAUGAAAUUGUCGAAGGGAAUGAGGAGCAGAAAUUCAGGAUCGACCCUACCACGGGGGACGUCUUGGUCAACAAGCUGCUCGACUUUGACCAUCCCGUCAUGGACAGAAAUGUGAGUGUUUGGGCCGGAUGCUCCUCUUUCCAUGCCAUUCUGUCAUUCAUGAUACCGUUUGCCUAUGACCUCCAGCCUGCCAUUAAGGUGUAUAUGGAGGUAAUAGACACAGAAAGAGGGGGAUGUAAUUGCAGGCACAGAUACAAAUGCAAAUUAGAAUACAGAUAUAAAUACAGCGCUGUUUCUGUUACAGAUUCAGUUAUAACCACAGACAAUUACAGACACAUACUUAGGGAUAUGUACAGAGGCAGCAACUCUCGUGUGGACACAUGA